AUGAAGUUCACCAGCUUCAUUACGCUAUUUUUUAUUGGGUUAUUCCAAAAUGUUUUGGCUCAAAGCUCUUCAGCUUCACAAAGUGGAUCCACCAUUCAAGGUAUCGCUACUGUUUCAACUCCAAUUGGUUUCACCUCAACUGCUAGUUCCAAUUGCUACUUCACCUCUCAAACUGGUACAAUUCAUGAAAAAACCUACAAGGCUUACUAUGACGUUAGUGGUACAACUACUGGUAGUGGUUUAUCUAGAUCUCGUGUUCUAACUCUAACAUGGUUCUUUGAAUUUGAUGAGCCAAUUGACGCUGAAUCCUUUAAAUUGACAAAUUUGGGUUUGGAAAACUCAAACUUCCAAGGUUCAGUUAACUUGGAAGAUGGUACCUUCCUUAUUUCAUAUGAUGUUACUAUGCCAUACUUGACCUUCAUCACUUCCAUUCUUUCUUAUUGUGCUUUAGAUUAUGUUGGAUUCACAUUUCAAAACACAGAGGACAACCAAGACUCAUACUACUCAUUCUAUGUCGGUGUUGCUGGUUCUGUUUUGGGUAACACUUUACAACAAACUGUUUGUAACGUUGUUACAAUUGGUGACUGUCCGGUUUACACAAACGCAUUAGAGUUUGAUUGUAGCAUCUUGGGUAGCUUUUUGGAUUGUGAUGAUACUACAACCAUUUCAAUUGGUGAAUCUACAAGCUCAUCAUCUAGCUCUUCAUCAACCUCAUCAGUUGUUUCAAGCUCUUCAUCAGCCCCAGCUUCCUCAUCAGCUACUGAAACUUCAUCAGCCCCAGCUUCCUCAUCAGCUACUGAAACUUCAUCUGCUCCAGCCUCCUCAUCAGCUACAGAAUCAUCAUCAGCCCCAGCUUCAAGCUCAGCUACAGAAUCAUCAUCUGCUCCAGUCUCCUCAUCAGCCACUGAAACUUCAUCAGCUCCAGCUUCAUCAUCUGCUACAGAGUCAUCAUCUGCCCCAGCUUCAAGCUCAGCUACAGAAUCAUCAUCAGCUCCAGCUUCAUCAUCUGCUACAGAGUCAUCAUCUGCCCCAGCUUCAAGCUCAGCUACAGAAUCAUCAUCAGCUCCAGCUCCAUCAUCUGCUACAGAAUCAUCAUCAGCUCCAGCCUCCUCAUCAGCUACAGAAUCAUCAUCUGCUCCAGCAACCUCAUCUGCUACAGAAUCAUCUUCUGUUCCAGCCUCCUCAUCAGCUACAGAAUCAUCAUCUGCUCCAGCUUCAAGCUCAGCUACAGAAUCGUCAUCUGCUCCAGCUUCAAGCUCUGCUACAGAAUCGUCAUCUGCUCCAGCUUCAAGCUCAGCUACAGACUCAUCAUCUGCUCCAACCUCAAGUUCAUCAGCUACUGCUACCAAUACUGGAUCUGCUACCAACACAGCUACUGGCUCUGGUUCUAACACUGGCUCAGCUACCAACACAGCUACUGGUACUGGCUCUAACACAGACUCUAACACAGGUGCUUCAUCAACUGGUAGUGGUAACGGUGGUAAUGGUGGUAAUGGAUCCAACACUGGCUCCAACACUGCUACAAACACAGGUGCUUCAUCAACUGGUAAUGGUGCUCCAGCUCCAUCAUCUGCUACAGAAUCAUCAUCAGCUCCAGCCUCCUCAUCAGCUACAGAAUCAUCAUCUGCUCCAGCAACCUCAUCUGCUACAGAAUCAUCUUCUGUUCCAGCCUCCUCAUCAGCUACAGAAUCAUCAUCUGCUCCAGCUUCAAGCUCAGCUACAGAAUCGUCAUCUGCUCCAGCUUCAAGCUCUGCUACAGAAUCGUCAUCUGCUCCAGCUUCAAGCUCAGCUACAGACUCAUCAUCUGCUCCAACCUCAAGUUCAUCAGCUACUGCUACCAAUACUGGAUCUGCUACCAACACAGCUACUGGCUCUGGUUCUAACACUGGCUCAGCUACCAACACAGCUACUGGUACUGGCUCUAACACAGACUCUAACACAGGUGCUUCAUCAACUGGUAGUGGUAACGGUGGUAAUGGUGGUAAUGGAUCCAACACUGGCUCCAACACUGCUACAAACACAGGUGCUUCAUCAACUGGUAAUGGUGGUAACGGUGGUAAUGGCUCCAACACUGCUACAAACACAGGUGAUAAUGGCUCUUCAUCCACUGGUUUAGUCAGUUUCUUCCCAACAACAACUACUGGUGGCCAAUUUGCUACUGGUACUACUACUUAUCCAAUCACUGCUCCAACUGGCACUGGCUCAAGCUCAGGGAACAAUGGUUCAGGUUCAGGUUCAGGUUCAGGUUCAGGUAACAAUGGUAACGGCAAUGGAUCAGGAUCAGGAUCAGGAUCAGGAUCAGGUAACAAUGGUAAUGGUAAUGCUGCUGGUAACGGAUCUGGUAAUAAUGGAUCUGGCUCUGGUAAUGGUAACAAUGGAUCAGCAACUGGUCCAAAACCAACCACCUCAGCUGCUCCAGCAGGCACUACAUCUGGUGCUGCUGCUCCAACAUUACAAUCUGCUUCAGCCGGUGGUUCAUCAUCUGCUCCAAGCAUCUCAAGUUAUGAGGCCGCUGGUGUUGCUAACUUCAACAACUGGUUUGUUACCUUCUGCUCAUUUGUCUUUGUUUUGAUCUUUUAAUUUGAUAGAUUGAUUGAUUUUUAAGUGCAUUGAAUGGUUCUCAUUCUUGAAUUUAUUUUUAUUAUUUUUCAUUUCUUGAUAUGAUUGGUGCAUUUUCUUCUUACUUUGGCUCAACAUUUCAUGGUUUUCGUUUCAUAUUUCAUGUUAGAUUGAUUUGAUCUUGUUUUCGAGGCUCAACAAUUGAAAUAUUUUUUUGUUUUCUUAGAGGUUAUUACUUCUUCAAUUUUUAUUUGAUUAUAUUAUACCCAUUGGUUUUGAUUUCGAGAUUCUUUGGCAUGUUUUUUCUUUGAUUUGGUUAUAUCUUUACGAUAUAUCUAUUUUUUUUCUAUUCAACCAGUCAUAUUAAUAUUCACGAUGGCAAAUACUGG